UUUUUGUGUGUUGUUUUGUUUCUUUGGAUUUUGUCUGAUACAGAACCUUCGGGUAAUUAAAGACAUCCCUUCCGGGGUAUUUCCGAUGGUUAAGAAUUUGAAAGGUAGAUACAGGAGAAAGCGGGGAAAUUUGUGGCGUCGGAGGACAGUUUUACGUUUCUGCCAUGGGACGGCCAGGAAGACAAAUAAGUGUGUGUGUUUUUUCCAGAGCAAAUCAAGCCUGAACUCAACCCGGGACUGAAGCGACCAAAUUAAAGCUGUUGUGCUUUAGUUGUAUCACGAGAAGGCAAAACUCACUUGAGAAAGACAGGAAUGCUAGGAAAAGUGGACAGCAGUAGGAAACGAGGAAGACGUGACACGGGAUGGAUGGAUUUGUGCCAUGGCGGAGGCAAAAGGGCCCACUCAUCUUCUCGAUGUCUGUCAUCAGAAAUUAUCAGAAUUCCUGUUCAAUGCAGAACAUAAAUGCCUGGUAUGGCUGCGAGAAAUUGAGGAGGAAGCUCUGAAGAUGUUUGACAGCAACUUCAGCACUGAACCCGAGUUGAUGCCCAAAACACCAUCUCAGAGAAAGCAUCGAAAGAAGAAACGAUCUUCAUUUUUUAAGGAUGAAAAUAAGGAGCUAACUAGAAAACGAUUGUCUAAAAGAAGAAGUGGUGUAAAGACAACAUCCUUCCAGAGAUUUUCCCCAAAUAAAGAGGAACAGGAGAAUCUCAGUGUUCGGCCAGGAGAAUCCAUGUGUCAUUUCAUGACAAGCACCGCUAAAGAAAUUUCAGAAGCACAGUGUGGCAAGACAGCUAUGGAUCAAGGAGAAGUGAAUACUGCCUGUGAGCAAAAUAAUAAAUGGAAGGAAGAGAGGGGUGAGGAGGAAAUGAAAGGCUUCUCAGAACUUUUCACAGGCCAUUUGAUUAAUGGGGCUGAGAUGACUAAGACUACAGGUACAGCAGGCAGCUCUGUGCUGCCACUGUCUGACCCUACUGAUCCAGCAAAGACUGAAGAAGAUGCAGAUACCCACAGACUGAGGAGUACAUCCACUCCCAAAACAUUGUUGGUUGAGAAGCCCAGGUGUGGAGAGGAUGAGAUGCUAGCCCAAAAGUUAGUUAACAGUUUGGUUACAGAGGGAGACAUCUCCCAGGACUUAAUGGACAGAAGUGGAACUCCUGUGGGUGCCCCGUCAGGGCGUCACCCUCCAAAAAGAUCACACAAGACUGGGAGGAUCUCCCUGGCUGACAAAUACUCACUGUGUAACAAAAGGAAAAGCACAGUUCGGAAAUCCGUCAGCAGAGCAAUUGCCAAGAAGAAAGCCGCUCAGGACUCUUCAUCUACCUGUAGUCGAGUGAGCUCCCGUAGUUCCAUUGAAGUAUUUAUGGAGGAUGACACCAUCAACCAUGGGCUUUUGUUGAAUGCUGAGUCUGGUGAGAUUUCGAACACUCCACAAAAAGUGCCUUCUGGUCUAGAUUCACCUAGUCUGAUUAUUAGUCCACCUCAAGAUGAAAUACAGCAAGAGGGAAAGUGCAGUAAAGAGGAACCUAAAACUCAGAAUACUGAUGUUGGAUCUGAAGAUUCAGCCCAGAACAUCGGUACCCAUGAUCUGCAGAAUAGCUGGAGACGGAGUUGUAAACAAAACUACGGACAAGCAUUGAAUGAGCUGCCUACUGUCCAGCAGGUGCAAGAUGAAAAAUCAUCUCAUUCUAGUCACAAAGCCACAUCCUCUCCUGCAAGUAAGAUCAUGCGUCCUUUCAAAAACUUCUUCCAGUCCAUGCAGAAGAAUCAGCUACUCAAGCCCUCAGGGUCACCAGCAUGUAACAGUGUCAAACGUGGCACUCCUAGUAGACCUGCCACCAAGGGAGAUUUCGUUGAAAAAGAGCGGCAGCGUCUAGAGAGUCUGAGGAAAAAACAGGAAGCAGAGCAGCAGAGAAAAGAGAAAGUAGAGGAAGAAAAGAGACGGCGAUUGGAAGAAAUAAAAAUAAAGCGUGAAGAGCGCCUAAGAAAGGCAGUGCAAGCUCGAGAGCGGGUGGAGCAAAUGGAGGAAGAAAAGAAGAAGAGAAUGGAAAAGAGUGAGAAGUUAAGAGAGGAGAAAAUGACAGAAGAGAAAAUAAAAAAGAAAAAGUCUCUUAAGAAAAUGGGAGAAGUAGAAGCCCGAAAGCAGAAGCUGCUCCAGGUGGAAGGAGAGCGAAAGCCUCAUGAGCAGCUGGAGAAAUGGAGGACAGUUGGAGAAAUUAGGAAGAUGCUGGAGCACAACAGUGGGAAGCAGGAAAAACGGCACCAUGGACAACAGGAGAAAGAGAGACUGGUGAGACCUCUGGAACUGGCAGUGGUUACUGAAGAGGAGGAAAAUUUUAAGGAAGAACAGAAUCCUGUCCGCAUGGAACUACAAAAAGAGGAAGCCACAAGUAUGCAAACAGCUUCUGCUGUCAGUAAAUGGCUGAAUAUAACUGCUCAAGUAAGUUGUAGGCAUUCUCCAUUUUCCCUGAAAUCUCCUGUUGGCAGCUCCGGUCAAGCAAAUCCUGAAGAAAUGAAAGAUAUGUCGUCCCCCAAAGUAAAUGUCAAUGAUUAUGGCAUGGAUCUGAACAGCGAUGACUCUACUGAUGAUGAAAGCCAGCCACGCAAACCCAUCCCUUCAUGGGCCAAUGGUCUUCAGCUUAAUGAAGCUGUCACAUACCAAUAUUACAACCCUCCAGAUGUCAAUAGGUUAUUUGGACUAAUUCCGAGCCCUAAGCUAGAGGAUAUCUUCUACAAAAACAAGCCAAGGUAUUUCAAACGCACGAGUUCAGCUGUCUGGCAGUCCCCACCUCUUCCUGGGUCCAAAACAGCAUUGCGUGCAUCUAACAGCAUGAAAAAAUAUUGAGGAGCUUUAAGAUUGCUUAUCAACUCAUAAGCAUAUGUCCUAUAUAUAUAUAUACAGUACCUCU